AUGAAUAAAGAUUUAGAUAUCGAUGACAUUCUCCAAGAGUUUGAUGAUUCUAAUGCUCGUUCAAAAUCCUCUAAAUACGGGUCCCGUAGCCCAGAGAAUCUAUAUGAUCAACUUGUGGCUGUCAUGCUAAAUGAAAGAAUGUCUCCAGAUUUAUUACCUUAUAAGCAUGAAUUAUUGAAAGAAGUACUAACACAAUUAUCGAAUCAACAACAAUACUUGUUAGAUUCUCAUGAAUAUGGUGAUUCAAACGUAGAAUCAGGCAUCGUGACUGGGGAUUUUAAAUUACAAUUAAUGAUAAUAGAAACAGAUAUAGAAAGGUUAAACUAUUUGGUAAGGCUAUACCUCCGAACGAGACUAGCAAAGAUUGAUAAAUUCACAAUACAUUAUAUUAAUGAAACAUCUAACGAGGAUUCAACGGAUGAUAGGUCACUUUUAUCGCCAGAAGAAACCGAUUAUAUGCAUAAACACUUUAAGAUUUUGACUCAAUUAUACAAUAAUAGUUUUUUGAAAAAAAUGCCACAUUUUUUGACAUUGCUAGAUGAUACCAGUGGUGGUCAGUCAAUGAUAUCAGUACCUGAUAUUAAUCAACCUGUAUUUAUUAAGGUGGUUACUAGAGUACCAAUUAUAAUCAAUUUGGAUGAAGAUGAAGAUUUGGAAUUAGUUGAGAAUGGUAUUUACGUUGUGAAAUACAGCCUAAUUAAAAGAUAUAUAGAAAUAGGUGAUAUCGUAUUAAUAUGA